GGAUGACAUGACUUCUCUCUCCUGCAGCGUCUCUAUAUGGUAGCCGGGGGGCGAGGACGGUCCAGGAGUUUCUGUGGAGGAGCCGGUCAAGUCAUUCCCUCAGCCGGUGGAACAGCAUCAACUCAACAAUCUCAGCUCACUCCGGAGCACUCAGUGUGAUGGACGUCCUGAACCUGUGGAACGACGACCCGGAGGAGGUUCUGCUGGAGAUGGGCUUUGGCUGCGACGAGCCUGACCUCUCCGGACGCAUCCCGGCUCGAUUCAUCAACUACCAGUCUCAGGCCAAAGGGAUAAACCUGCAUGUGUUUCUGGAGGCCCAGCAGAACCGGCUGGACCUGGAGAACCCAGACGUCAGCAAUCGCUUCAGACAGCUCGAGGUUCUCCAGCAGGUGACCACAGCGUUCUCCUCCCUGGCUGGGCCUUCCUCCCCCCUCAGAGCCCCCCUGGGGAAAGCCCUGACUCCUGAGGCCCGGGAGAAGAGGCGGCACGUGGGCAUGCUGUUCAGGCGAGCGUCAAAGAAGUCCCUCAGCCAAAUCCACAGCCAGAAGUCUCUUGACCUAACCACACCGGCUGCUGAUCCACCUGAAGCUAUGCAACCUCCAUCCAGCCUUGGAGACAAGAAACCUGCCUUAAAAAGAGCCAAACCUGGACUCCUGGAGACCGUGUGUCUGAGUCCUCUGGUGGAGGAACAAGGACCCGGUCCGGACCCUAAUAUGGCUGCUUUCACAGUCCAGGGGGGAGCCCUCAGACACGGGCCCCUGACAGAAGGUCAACCCAGACCCCCAGCCAACACUUUACUGAGGAAGAGGAGCACAGGACCGGCCAGGGAAUCAUUUGAAAUGGAAGAGAUCCACAGUUUUGAUGAAAGUAGUGCGACAGGGAGCUACACAGGAGGAUCAGAACAUUUAGGCAAAGUAGUUCCUUAA